AUGAGGGUUUGGACUGAGACAUUCUCUCCGGUGGCCAAGUUGACCAUUGUCCGGUGCUUGCUUGCUUUGGCAGCCAUCAAUAAUUGGGAUCUUCAUCAACUCGAUGUUAAUAAUGCUUUCUUGCAUGGUGAUCUCGAUGGAGAAGUUUUCAUGAAGCCUCCUCCUGGUUUUAUCUCUAAAGAAGAUACUCGGUCUAAAUCUGAUUACAGCUUGUUUACUAAGUCCAAAUGUUCUUCCUUUAUGGCACUUCUUGUUUAUGUGGAUGAUAUAGUCCUUGCCAGCAAUGAUAAGCAAGUUAUCAAGGAACUCACUGCUUUCUUACACACUCAUUUCAAACUCAAAGAUUUAGGCUCUUUGAAGUUUUUUCUUGGUCUGGAGAUUGCUCGAUCCUCUAUUGGCAUCUCUCUAUGUCAACAAAAAUUUGCCUUGGACAUCCUCACUGAUACUGGUCACUUGGCUGCUAAGCCUUCUGCUUUUCCCAUGGAGUCCAAUGCCAAAUUUUCUGCUUUGGAUGGGGUGUUGCUUGAAGAUCCUCAGUCCUAUCGCAGGUUGAUUGGUCGGCUGCUAUAUCUCACUAUCACAAGACCUGACUUAACCUAUGCUGUUCAUACUUUAAGUCAGUUCAUGCAAGCUCCUCGCAAGCCUCAUUUAGAUGCUGCUCAUCGCAUUCUACGUUAUAUCAAGGCAGCUCCGGGUCAGGGAUUGUUUUUCCCUACUUCUUCUUCUUGUCACUUGAAGGCGUUUUGUGACUCUGACUGGGUUGGUUGCCCUGACACCCGCAAAUCCCUGACUGGCUUUUGUGUUUUUCUGGGAGACUCCUUGAUCUCUUGGAAAUCAAAGAAACAAACCACAGUUUCUAGAUCUUCUGCUGAGGCCGAAUAUCGCUCUAUGGCUGCUGUUUGUUGUGAACUUACUUGGCUGCUUCAUCUUCUCCAGGAUUUUUAG